GAUUGCUGUAAACUCUUCACAGGCGCUGAUUGUGGAACAUGGGUUAAAUUGUCGAGUUAAAUUAUUAAAGAGGAUAAUAUUGUAUAUUUUCAGUGAGUUCUGGUCUGUUUAACUAGUUAAGUUCUUAGCUACCUAUCAUGUCUUAUUGUGAAGUGUCCUCUUCUCUGACAAAUCCAGUUUUCAACAAACCUAGCUAUCUAGCCAGCAAGCUAACGUUAGCUAGCAAAGUGCAGUCAUUUAGUUAACUAACUACAAUACCAGUUUACGUAUUAUUUUUUGCUAAAUUGAGUCCGAUAGCCAAGUUGUGGAGUUGUAUUUUCAAAUCGUUAUGGCAGCUAGCUAGCUAGCUACCUUACAAUCUGAGCAAGUUAACUCCUAUCUCUGUUUACAUCUAUUGAAAGGGAACUCAGUUGCUGUUGCUAGUCUGAGUGUCAUUUAAGAAGUUUGACAGCCCUCGAGUUGGAACUGACUGAAGACAACAUCCUAGGCUAGUUCCAUCUUCAUCCCUGGAAUCAAAGUCAUCCAGUCACCAGUACUCAUGGAGAACACAAAAGAAGAGGCCCCGGCCCCGGUUAUGUGUGAGGUGUGCGGGACCUACUUCGAGACGCGGCGGGGUCUCUCCAGUCACGCCAGACUCCACCUCCGCCAGCUCGGCGUGGAUGUCUCGGACAACAGCGGAGCUCCCAUCGACUUACUCUACCAGCUGAUUCAGGACAGGGACGGUUCCAUGCACCCACCCAAACCCGUCUACUCUUCACCCAAAAAACCCAAGGGGUCAGGGACACUCAUCUCCCAGAAGGAGACCCCUCUUGGGGGUAGGGUCAAAGUAGUGACAACCCCACAGAAUAAUAUAUCCAAGGUAGCUCGUAAAGGGACAGUUUUGGCCAAGCCUCGGCAGUCUUCCAUGUCGUCGUUCCUAACAGCAGGCAAGACACCGUCACCCUCAGGGGGAGCGAGCCUGGCCUCGGCCAAGCCUGCCUGGGCACCGCAGGAGACGGAUGCCCCUCUCACCCUGGCGAUGGACACCAAUGACGAGGUGCAUGUGUGCCAAUUGUGCGGCGCCUGGUACGAGUCCCGCAAAGGCCUGGCCAGUCACUGCCGGGCCCACUUGCGCCAGUUCGGCAUCACCGAGAACACCGAGACUAAAGGAGGACCAAUAGAAUUCCUCUACCAGAUCAUGGAAGCGGAAGACCUCCAACCUAUAGCAAGUGAAGGUCUCAACGUCUAUAACCCUUCUAUGUCUUCUAACUCUAACAAACGUCCCUCCGGCUCUGGUUCGUCCACAUCGCCUGCUAGACAUAAAGGAUCCCCCUCCUCCUCCCUUCACCAGCCUCCCUCCAACAAACGGCCCAAGCCCUCCGCAUCAGAAGGAACCGCUCCACAGGAUCAUAGGCUCAGCACAGGUGAGUUCACCUGUGUGUUGUGCGGUGAGGAGUUUGAGAACCGCAAAGGCCUAGCGAGCCACUCCCGCUCUCACCUGCGCCAGCUCGGCGUCACCGACCUCCUGGGCAAGGCGUCGGCCAUCGACACGGUCCAGCAGCUGGUCAGCAGCGGCGUGCUUGCGGCCGCUGCAUCAGUACGACCCAGUAACACCACCACCAAGACCCCUUCUCAGUCUCCUGCCCCAGCCAGGUCUCCAGCUAGAUCCCCAGCUAACGCCCACCUCAGCCCCUUGGCCUCCAGCCACAAUCCCAGGUCCAAGGCCAAGAAGGGCUCCACCCUGGUCUAUCCCAAGCCGGAGCCCCUGGAGAUGGAGCUGGAUGUGGGGUUUUCCAGUCCGCUUGGGGGGUACAGCAGCAGUAAUGGAUCUCAGGGUUCUCAGAAGUUGGCCAAAAAUGGCCAGUCCUUCAACUCCGGUUCAGACCAGGAGCUCAUGAUCACCUGUGAAUUCUGUGGCCAGUUCUUUGACAGCCGCAAGGCCCUGUCCUGCCACGCCCGCUCCCACCUGCGCCAGCUAGGAGUCAUGUGGUCUGUCAACGAGUCGCCCAUCGACCUGCUGAGAGUCAUCCUGCUGAAGGAGGGCAGUGCCACUGCCACCCAGGUCAAGAGGGAGCCAGCGUCCGCUCACUCCAGCGCCGGCCCGGCCUGGGCCAAUCACAGGAGGUUCUCGGAGCCUUUGUGGGCUCCCCGGGGCUCUAAGAGGACGUUCACUCCUCCACUGGACUACUCCCUCAACGACAAGCCUUCCCCUGAUAAGAAUGGAUCCUCCCAGUCUGCCGGGGAUGCGUGCUGCGAGCUGUGCGGCUUUGACUUUGAGAACCGCACGGCGCUGGCGAGCCACGCCCGGGCCCACCUCCGCCAGCUGGGGGUUAAGGAGUGGAGGGCAGAGGGUGUGAAGGCCUCCCCCAUCGAGUUGCUCAGCGCCUGGAUCCAGAGGCAGCCCCGCAAGGCCGCGGAGAUCCACCGCCAGUACCGCGACGGUGACCUCAACAUCAGGUUUAAGAGGAACGCCCCGUCCCACUCUCCCUCCACAGACUCAGGCUCCUUCUCCUCGGGAGCCCAGAGGGCUGCGGGGCUGGGGCGCAGGGCGGGCCGAGAGGUGGCCAGGGUCGCCGGGGGUUCGUCCAGGACAGCUCAAGGUCAAAGGUCACAGGGAGAGACGGGACACUCGUCAUAUCACCAUCAUACCGUCACUCAUACGCAGUCCCAGGGGGCUAGAGGAGACUUCAACCACAUACGCUCUCCUAGAGGUUUUGAGCGGCGGGUCCCUAAACACACCGCCCAUACAGAGGGAGCAGAGGGAGACGGCAGCUCUCAACAACCCCCCCGGUCAGGAAACAUCCCUUCCCUGGUUCCCAGGCCUCCCUCCACUCCUCUCGUCAAACAAGUGGGCAAAGAGUACACCCUCAAGUGCCGGUUCUGUGAGGCAGUGUUCCAUGGAUCUCAGUCAGUACAGGAGGACUGGAUCAGACACCUGCAGAAACACAUCCUGGACCUCCGCUUCAACAAGGCCUGUCCUCCCCCUGACCCAGAACGGCCCCUGGUCCCGGGCAUCGAACCCUCAGCCACCACCACCACCCCGGUCCUUCUGGCACCACUGGUGGUUUAAAUGGUCCACUACUAUGGCUACACUCACUGCAUUUUCUUUAUUACCACUUAGUUGGAUCGUCUUAUCUGUUGUUCAUGUGUUUGUUUUCCUCAAAGGACUGUUUAACUCAGUCUACACUGUGGUAAAAACACCUAAUAAGGUGUGUGUGUGUGGGGGGGGGGUGAUGCCUUCGUUUAUUUAUUCAGCGUUAAAGAAAUGACUUGGUUUGAAUGAUAACUGCACAAAGUGGAUGUACUGUAGCACUAGUCUUGUCCACCAGCUGUCUCUCUCUCUCGCUCUAGCUGUUAGCCUGGGGAUAAGGUUAGUGUAGCACAGACAUAGCUGUACCAGCCUCAUAUCAACUCUAGAGGGCCUACUUGGGCCAGUUGAAGAAGUCUACUUUCAGUAACUACUCUUGCUGGGGUAACUUAGACAUGGGGUCAAACAAACUAACAUUCAUUCACCAUGACACAUUCAUACCACUUAGUAGUCUAGCAAUGGUUACAUUCCAUUUCUUUAUUGGGAUGUUUAUUGCACAUUAUUUUCAUAGAAACCUAAAUUCAUAGUAGUCAUUGGAUGGAAUGGGUUUCCAUAGGCUGUAGUCAGUCAUGUCACUGAAGAAGUAAGACAAAGCCUGUUCGAGCAUUAAAUACAUUCCCCUUGUUUCAACUGUUUCAAAGCAGUGUGGCAUUAUAGGUUGCAUUGCAAAAUAGCAGGGAAGGAAGCAUGUUCACUUUUGAAUUAUGGUCUAAAAUGUCCCUAUUGUACAGGAAUUUGUAUUAGCUUUUUUAUGAAUUAUGUUUUUAAAUGUAGAACUGUUUUCUGAAGUAAAGAAAUAUAAGACAAGGUU